AUGUUGCAUCGCUUCUAUAUAACUGAUGGAAACUGGAAAACUGUUCAUUUUGCAGAACGCGUUCUGACCAAGCCGAUUCUUACGAUAUCCCCGGAAACCACGACUGCAAUUGUGGGUUCGAAUGUGACCCUGGCUUGCAAAGCGAUUUCGAGUACCGCGUAUAUCAUGUAUUGGGAGUACGAAGCUCCAGUCGACGAUAAGUUUAACACCACGCCUAAGAGCGUUCCUAUCGAGGUCAAAGGCGCCAACAAGACGCUGCUGGUUCUGACCAAUGUGACCUUUGAGGACGAAGGAAAGUAUUCGUGUCGUGCGGAGAACAACUACGGGGAAAGCGUCGUCACUGCCUAUGUUAAAGUCGUGCCAGCUCCUGAAGAGCCGAACAACAUGUUGAUUUGGAUCGUGGUCGGAGCAUUGUCUACAAUGGUGGUUCUGCUCCUCCUUUCGUGCAUUGGGAUCCGUUAUCGAGCCGUUCGCUACAAGAGACGCUGCAAUGAAAUGGUCAAGGGUCUGAUCUACGAAUUCAAACGUGUCAUCGUCGAACCUCAGCCAGACUCCGUCACUCCCCGAGUUUACAUUGAACGCGUCAAAUACAGUCCGGAAGAGAUGACACUUCGUUCGGAGAUGCUUCUGGGCAAAGCGAACAGUGGAAACUCAGAUGUUCGUUAUUCGGGCGAGUACAUCAGGUUCGAUUUCGCCGGACGUCAAAUGAACUCCGGGAGCUUCUGCAAAACGAUUCUGACGAAGCAGAUGGAAUCCGGCUACGAGACGCCAUUUUCUAUGCCUCUCACGCCGCCAUCUUCCUGCAAAGCCAGCUCACCAUCGUAUGAGAAUGAUGAUGUUCGUGGUAUGCGUCACACCAGCGGCAGCAGCGGUUACAACAGUAGCAACGGCAGUGGACAUGGCAGCAUUUCCAUGCACCUCCUUCACCACGGAAAUCGCCAACAUCAACAGUUUGACUCGGAAAUGGGUUCUUCCGGACUGACAACGGUGGAGCUGGUCAAGUUCUGUUACCAAGUGGCUCGUGGCAUGGAGUACCUGGCUUCGAAACGAGUGAGUUCUCAUUACGAGUUUAAAGAUUACCAAAUCAUGUCAGAUUGCUGGAUGGAUGAUCCUCGAGAGCGCCCUACCUUCAAUGCCUUGGUAGCUCGCCUGGACUACAUCCUCAGCACCUGGGCAGGCCCAAACCAAGGAUACAUCACCGUGAUGUCCGGCGACCAGUCUGACUCCAGUGCCUCCUCGGACGCACCGUUCAGAACUGAAUGUUCGGUGUGAAAUGUUUUCAGAUCCACUUCUAUACCUUCUAUUGCGUCGGGGCAAGAGCAAUAUUUUUUGUUUGUCGCAUUCGGAUGAUGGGGAAAGUUUGUGGUUCAGCAUCAUCUUUCAGUCGCGGAGAGGUGACUAUAAUUGCUGUUGGUAACUCGAGUAAUGGAGCUAGAGCAGUGAAAGCGGAGCACAAUUGAUACGGGAGGCUUUCGAAAUUGUAAGGUUGGUUCAUGUACUGAUUCUAUUGACCGCUUUACUAGAUCAUGUCCAGAAUUAAUUGGUUUUUUAAAAGCAUUUUUCGUAUUGUAGGAAAAUUUUGAGAGCCAAUCGUAUCCAUUGGGUUGCAUACCGUUAUUUUGUCAUUAGUUGUGGUAGAUAAUAUUUGCAUUCAUCUUUGAAGUGUUCGGGAAACGUAUUUUUCCUCUGUUCUAUUUCUGGCUGCCUUUCAGUGCGCCGUGCGAGGAUGAGUUCGUUAGUCAAAUGUUUUGUUUUUUACCUGAGGAGUUUGAAAUCGUUCGCGUCCGGUUACGGUGUGCGAGAAAUAGUGUGGGUGCAAGUUUUUGGUUCUGAAGAAAAGUUUCUUUCGGUAGUGAUGUUCAGUGGCUGAAUAUUUAUUCAGAUGUGCCGGAUUCUUUAUUUGUAUCUUCUCUGUGUUAACUUCCUGCAUUUUGUCACCGCUGGUGGGUGUAUAAUUCACAUCGUCUUGCCACUUUUUCAUUAGCAUCAACUGAAGUCAACAUUAUAAAACUGUACCUCGGGAUUCAUUAGUUAUCUCGGUCUUGUAUCAUUGUUGGUUUUGACUUGUACUGUGUAGACAUUUGAUUUGUUAUGCUUCUUCAUGUUGCAUGUGACAAACACCCUCUUCUCCAUUUUCUAGUCCGUUGGAUGACAAGUCAAAAAAUGGUCUAUACAGUACUUUAAAGACACGUAUUGUAACAUUUUUCAUUUUCGUUGGUUGAAAACUUCUCAACAACUUGAUAUCGGCCACUGUGUUUUACAUCUCUGUAGCGGAGAAAAUCUUCCUAUUCGUCUUGAAAUUUUCUUCGGACCUGACUCGGCACCUUUUUCUAUUAAAAUGCUGUAUAUUGCGACGUAUUUGCUCCGCGUGAAUGCGAUCCUCGUGAUCCUGUGCUAAGUAAUUUCAGAAACGGAAUUAACUUUCCUGUUUCCGAGGUUUGUCGGCUGGCGUUUUGUAGAGAGAAAUUUUGUCGAGUAUCUGGCUGAAUGUUUUUGUGAUAAAAUGUGGCAUGAAAACUUUCGUUUUUGCUUGAGCGGGUUGUGUGUCAGGGAAGUUCCCUGUGAAGAACAGUCGUUUUUGGGUGGGUCCUUCGCGAGUGAAAGGUUAUUAUUGUUGGGGAUGAACGUACGUUGAAUUGAUCCUGUCGUGUAUUGGAUGAAUGUCAUUUCGCGCGAUUUUUUUAUUUAUUUUAUUGUGCUGUUCAUUUUUUGCUGAGUUACUUCGAUCAACGCGGCGAAUGCCGAGAGAUGGGGUGGUUUCUGUUGUGCAUACGCGCGGAGGCCGGUUUUUGUAACUUUUUUUUGGUGGUUGUUGACUGAUGGGAAUGUGAACCCCUCCUUUUUUUACUGUGCCAUUGAACUGAAGUUAAUGACAUGCAGACCUGAAAAUUAUCUCAAUUUUCGUCGAGCGUAAUUGAAAUGAUUCUCCUUUUUUCUAUUUGCUAGUACGAAUCAAAAGCGUAAGAAACUCUUUUUCGUAUUUGAUUUGAAAUGAGUUGAAUUCUAUAGAGGUAUUACUCAUUUUUGAUCUGAGUGUGCCGGGAAAUGAGAUAUGAUUCUUUUUUGUCGACGUUCGUCAUGGAUAGACUCUGUAUUCGCUUUUUGCUUGUGUUUAUUGUGCUGACGUGUCACGUUAUUGCUGGUUGACCCAAGAAUUUCCUAGAAAUAAAAUUCCGUAGAACUUCCGA